UGUGUAUAUAAUGCGAUUAGGGUUUUGGUUUCAUAUCUCUUUCGCCUUUUUCCACCGAAUCUGCUCUGCAACUUGUGUGCGCUCUCUCUCUUUCUCUUUCGUCAAAAACACAGGAUGGAUUCUGGUGUGAAGCUAGCAAUUGUUGUGAAGGUUAUGGGAAGGACUGGAUCAAGAGGGCAGGUGACCCAGGUUAGAGUGAAGUUUCUUGAUGACCAAAACCGUCUCAUCAUGAGGAAUGUCAAGGGACCCGUCAGGGAAGGUGAUUAUCUCACCCUUCUUGAGUCUGAAAGAGAAGCCAGGAGGUUGCGGUAAGAUGCUGUUCUCCUCAAGCAUCUUGUCAGGAGAUUUUUGGCAAUUCAAGUGGUAUCUGAUAAUGGCCUUACAUUUUCCAAUAUUUAGCUGGUUUAUGAUUCCAGAGUAGACUUGCUUCUUCUAAAUGUUAAUUGGAGAUUAUAUACCCAAUUUGAGAUUAUAUACCUGUGUGUGAUGAUUGGGUUAAUGAUUUCAGAGUAGAUUUGGCUUCUUAUUGUUAAUUGAGAUUUGAGAUUAUAUGCCAUUGUGUGUUGAUUGGGUUUAUUUGAUUGGUUAUUAUGAGUA